AUGGUUAUCUCGACGGCAAUUCGCAUAGCGCCUUCGCGCGCGGCUCGCGCGAUGAACCUCUUGCGCACUGUACAAUAUACGCAUCCUCCGUCAUGCCCCUGCCAUUCGAAUCCCAACUACCACCAAUCGCCGUCCACCGUUCAGCAAGCACGACGACAUCUCGCAACGCCUCUCGACCACUCUCAGCAAAAGGAAUAUGCCUUCGAGAUGGCAGCGUCGAGCAUAAGAUUCGGGCCUGGAUGUACAAAGGAAGUUGGCAUGGACUUCAAGAACAUGGGCAGCAAGCGCGUCAUGGUCGUCACAGACCCCAACGUGAGGAAACUAGAUGCAAUGAAGCAAGUCAUCGAAGGCUUGGAAAGGGAAGGCGUAAAGUACGAGAUAUACGACAAGGUCAGAGUGGAGCCAAAGGACCACAGCAUAAUGGAAGCAAUCAACUUCGCGAAGCCAUGGAAACCAGACGCGUAUCUAGCAGUUGGUGGUGGCAGUGUCAUCGACACAGCCAAGCUGAUGAACCUAUACACCACCUUCCCAGACGCAGAAUUCCUGGACUUCGUCAACGCCCCACUGGGCAAGGGAAUGCCUAUUCCAUCGAAGUUGUUCCCACUCAUCGCCGUACCAACAACAGCAGGAACAGGAUCUGAGACAACAGGAACAGCAAUCUUUGAUUUGGUCUCUAAGCGCGCAAAGACCGGUAUCGCUCAUCGCAACUUGAAGCCCACUCUGGGUAUAGUGGACCCGCUCAACACACGUACCAUGCCAUCGGCAGUCCACGCCUCUUCAGGUCUCGACGUACUGUGCCAUUCCCUCGAGUCAUGGACGGCGAUACCGUACUAUGAGCGUACGCCUCGUCCAACCAACCCCAUCAACCGCCCAGCGUAUCAAGGUGCAAACCCCAUCUCGGACAUCUUCUCCCUCAAGGCCUUGAAAGAUACGGUCAAGUACCUGCCGCGUGCUGUCAAAGACCCCGAUGACCACGAGGCACAGUCUCAGAUGUUGCUGGCUGCAACACUCGCUGGUGUGGGCUUUGGCAACGCUGGUGUGCAUCUCUGCCACGGCAUGUCAUAUCCCAUUUCAGGCCAGAACCCUGGCUACAAACACGCAGGUUACGAUGUCGACCACACCAUUAUUCCUCACGGUGUCAGUGUUGCGGUAACUGCGCCCGCAGUGUUUAGGUUCACCGGCGCAUCGAAUCCAGAGCGGCAUCUGGCUGCGGCAGAGGCCUUCGGUGUCGAUAUUUCGAAUGUCAAGGCAGAGAGUGCAGGAGAAGUGCUAGGUGAAGCACUAGCGGAGUUCUUGAUUAAGCUUGGUGACCAGCCACGUGGUUUGAAGGCGCUGGGGUUCGGGAAGGAACAUCUCGAUCAACUUGUUGAGGGCACGAUUCCUCAAGCAAGAGUGCUGAUGCUCGCGCCGAGCUUGGAGAUGCAGAACAUUGAUGCUGAGAGGGAGCAGUUGCGGGGCCUGUUUGAAGAUGCUAUGGAAUAUUGA